GUGGCACGUAGCACGUAGCCGUGCUGCAGUAAUUUAAUAAUUAAAAUGUUUUUGCAACGCUCUUUUUGGUGGGAUCUCGGAGACGGACAAGGUUAAAAAUUGGAGAUAUUGGUCGCGUUUAGACCGCGUUUACUUCAUUUAAGUUUUUUUGUUGUGGUUACAAGUGUGAUUUUGCGAAAUGCGGACGUUCUGUGUGCUGUUGGUGUUGGUUGUGACUGUUUGUGAGUGUCAGGUGCGGCUUUUCGAACAGAUUAGGAGGAUGUUUAACUUUAAUGGUGGUGCACAGGUGAACAGUGACAUCCAUUUAAAAGAGGAGUAUGAUUUUAUCAUAAUUGGAGCAGGAUCAGGUGGAAGCGUUGUGGCUAACAGACUAUCAGAAAACCCUAACUGGUCAGUUCUUCUUUUGGAAGCUGGAAAAGAUGAAAUCUUCCUGACGGACAUACCUUUAUUGGCCGCCUUGCAAACCGUAACUUCAUAUAAUUGGGGCUACAAAAGCCAGAAGCAAGAUUCCGCAUGUUUGGGAUUGAUAGACGGUCGAUGUAACAUACCCAGAGGGAAAGGACUCGGAGGCACCUCUUUAAUCAAUUUCCUCUUGUACACACGCGGCAACAAACAAGACUUCGACCAAUGGGAGAGUUUCGGCAACAAAGGCUGGAGUUACAAAGACGUCCUGCCUUACUUCAUCAAGUCCGAAAAUUGCACCUUGUGCACCGACAUUGAUCAGGAAAUGCACGGAACCAGUGGUUACCUGAACAUAGAACAUCCCAGCUUCGAAACUCCUUUAACCAAAGCCUUCAUCAAGGCUGGUGAGGUGUUCGGCUACAAAAACAACGAUCCGAACGGUCGACACAGCCUAGGCUUCUCGAAAGUCCAAGCUACGAUGAAGAACGGUGCGAGGUGCAGCGCCUCCAAAGCGUUCCUCAAAUCCGUCAUGGACCGACCAAACUUGGACGUAUCAAUCGAGUCACGCGUGACUAAAAUAAUAAUUGAUCCGGAAACGAAGCAAACCAAAGGCGUUGAAUUUAUUAAGAACAAACAGGUUCACAGGAUCCGUGCCAGGAAGGAAGUGGUCUUAUCCGCAGGCGCCAUCAACAGUCCUCACCUCCUGAUGUUGUCCGGCGUCGGACCAAAGGAGGACUUAACCAAAGUCGGAAUUCCGGUGAUACAAGACCUACAAGUCGGCUACAACUUGCAAGACCACAUGGCCAUGUCCACCUUGGCGUUCACCGUCAACGAGUCGAUCACCAUAUCCGAUUUACAAAUGCAAAACCCCUUGCACAUCUACAACUAUUUAACGUACGGAAAGGGGCCGUACACCGUGCCGGGGGGCGCCUUGGCCCUCGCCUUCGUACAGACUAAGUACAACGAAAUUCCGGACUAUCCGGACAUGGAGCUGGUCUUGGGAGCGGGUGCUUUGAACGGCGACCUGUACGGAAGUUUGCGCAAUUUGCUUGGUAUUCCGAACAGUUUGUUCAACAGGGUGUAUCUUCCGCUUUUGGGACGGCCCGCCUUUAGCAUCGCCACCGUGCUGAUGCGACCCAAGAGUCGGGGACGCGUUCUCAUCCGGGAUUCGAAUCCUUUGCAUUGGCCUAUAUACAAGCAUAAUUAUUUCACUGAAAAAGAUGAUGUUGAUACUAUGGUGGAAGGUAUCAAAAUGGCAAUUUCAUUAACUAAAACGUCCCACUUUCAAAAACUGGGGGCGACCCUGAACACCAUCCCGUUCCCGGGCUGCGACCAUCUACCCUUCGACACGGACAAGUACUGGUCUUGCGCGGUGCGUCGUGUCUCCACCACGUUGGGCCACCAGGUGGGCACAUGUAAAAUGGGGCCACGGUCUGAUCCGGCCGCCGUGGUGGACCACGAGUUGCGGGUACACGGAGUACGUGGUCUGAGGGUGGUCGACGGUUCCAUCAUGCCCAACGUGGUGGCUGGACACACCAACGCUGUGAUAAUCAUGAUCGGCGAAAAGGCUGCUGAUAUGAUCAAGACUAGUUGGAAUUAUGUUUAGAUUCAGUUUUAUUUGUAAACCAACUGUGUUCUUUGUUAUGUUUUAUUUGUGAGUCAAAUAUUUGGUAAAUACUUUUAGUUAAUACAUAAAAGUUACUUAUUAUUAUUAAGAUUGUAUAUUUUUAAAGUACCAAAAUUCAUUAAA